AUGGCGCUGGCCGUCUCAGUUGCGACGGCCUUGCGGGCUGUGACGCUGCCAGCCACAUAUCGCUUUGCUGGUGCUGACAGCGUCGAGCUGGUGCCACUCGUCGACCCUGUGUGGACUAGCCCACCCAUAUUUCAGAGCGAUGCCGUCUCCAUCACGUUGCAGCUGUCGUCCCUGUCGCUGCCGUCAAACAGCUACGUUCUGCUGCGCCCCCUCGCGGCCACCGAGAACCCCACAAACGCGUCGACGUUCUUUCCAAGUGGAGCACACUACGCCAACAUCACGCUGCCUCGCGUAUACACCAACUACUUAGUGGUUGAGAUCUACGCCAUGGACCGCCACGUGCAAUUUUCCGUGGUCCAUUCGCUGCAAGUGGUCGCAUUUACCUACAUCACAAACGACGACUUGGUCGCGCAGACUCAAGCGCUCGGUCGCCGCGAAGCGCUUUGCGGCACGGACGACAGCGUGCAUGCCGUUUGCACGUACACCCCUCUUGGCGCGACAGAUACCAUGUACGCCCAUGCCCGCCCUGUUGUGCGGAUCACGGUGGACCCAACCAAUCCGUUUGGAACGGAUCUGUGCACGGGGUGGUUGUGGGGCUCGGACGGGCACGUCAUCACAAACAACCACUGCAUCGGCAGCGUCGCGGAAGCCACGACGGCGCAGUUUGAAUUCGUCGCGGAAACGUUCGACUGCGAUGCGUCCAUGCGAUCGACCUGCCCGGGCUCGAUCGAGGUCAUGUCGGCCAAGUUGGUCUUUACAAACCCGGCACUCGACUACACAUUGCUCAAGCUCGACGCCGCCGUGGCGCAGAAAUACGGAUUCCUCCAAACCACCGAAGUUCCCGCCGGCGUGGGGAUGCCUGUCUACGUGCCUCAGCACCCCCGUGGAGGGUGCAAAUUGAUAUCGUUUGUCGACUCGACGACACGCCGCCCCGUUGCAAUCACAAGCGUUCAAACGGCAGGCUGUGAGGGAAAAGGUGGGCUCCGGUACAACGCCGAUACGGACGGCGGGUCGUCCGGGUCCCCCGUCAUUUCGGCCACCGAUCACUCGGUCGUGGCGCUCCACUACUGCGGCGCAUCGAGCUGCAACAAUGCAGGAAUUCCCAUGGUCGCCAUCGUCGCGGACCUGAAGAAACGAGGGUUCCAAUUGCCUCUGAAUGCCAUCGCUGUCCCCAAAUCGACAGCGGCGGCUAGCAUUAUCCCGCCUUUCAACGACCCCCGCGUCAAUCCCCGUCCCCCCCUCGGACUCUUUGGAUCCCCCAUAGCAUUCAACGGCGUCCUUCGGCGCCUCGGCACGACGACACGGUCAUUCCAAACCACCGUCGACCAGUACGAGAUCACUUUGGACGGUCCUGGCCAAGUGGCCGUCGACAUUUUGUCGUACGAGAUUGACGAAGUCGCCAACGCCUACGCCGACCUGAACAACGACUGCCGGUUCAACUUUUUCGACUCGAACGUGUACGUGUAUUCGCGGGACCCGACCGUCCCGCGGUACAAUGCCUACUUCAACGACGACGUGGACUGGAUGCUGCGGCCGUCGGACGGGCGCGCCGACGGCAGUGUGUCCAAGAAGGACUCGUACUUGGUGGCGACGCUUCCCAAGGGGACGCACAUCGUGGCCGUGGGUGUUAGCAACUUGUCGCUCAAGAACGCCGGCGAAAGCGUCAAUGAGUACAGGUGGGCUGCCCUCGAGAGCUGCGUCGGCGAGAACCCAUCGCCCAAGGCAGAGGGCACCUACCGCAUCACGCUCACAAGUACGGUGGGGCUCACUGUGGGCAAAACGCCGUCCGUGCCAACAACCCCCCCGCCACGCUGCACGAUGGAUCUGGCGCAGCUCCAGGCCAACUGUGCCAACGAGCAGCAAGCAUACUUUCUCCAGUUCAUGAACUCGUUUCGACGGUAAUCGACUUUGUUUUGAAUGCAUGACGUAGUCGCGAUGGCGUCGAGCGCAACGACAGUGGCGGGGGAGGCGUACCGGAAGGCAAUGCUGCGGAAGCGAAC